UGACCCACGUGCUCUUUCGAAAAACCCUAAACUGCUUUCGACCGCGCCUUGCUCGUGCCUCUAUCGAUACUCCCUAGGCUGCUCUCGCUCCUCUGCUCGCCUCCAAGCUCCGGCGGUUCAAGUGGCUUAUCCUGGUGCUGCGGCUCGCCGCCUUCUGCUCCGCCCUCGCCUCCUUCAUCUUCGCCGUCACCAACACCCGCGGCCCUUCCUCCCCCCACCAGUACGAUUUCGAGGCUCUCAGGCAAAAGAGGGGUUUGAGAACGGAGUCUCACCUUCCCUCUCCUAAAAUGGCUGCUGCUUCGACUCCCCACUUCCUCUCCAACCCCACCCACAGCCGCCAAGCCCUAACGAACCACCGGCUCUCCCAAAACCCACUUGCCAAAACCCCCAUUGUGCCCCUCAAUGCCGUCACUAAAACCUUGAAGCGCUUCCAGCUACGAGCCGCCAUCUCUCAGAACCCGGCAAAAACCGCCGCUGAGGACCCACAAACGACGACGCUCAAGCACUGCUUCUCCAAGUCCCGGGAUGGCUUCCUCUGCUGCGAGGACGUCAAGGUCCAGGACAUCAUGGACGGCGUCGAGAGAAGGCCCUUUUACCUGUAUAGUAAGAAGCAGAUCACGAGGAAUGUGGAGGCUUAUAGCGACGCAUUGGAGGGUUUGGAGGCCGCGGUCAUUGGGUACGCGAUCAAGGCGAACAAUAAUUUGAAGAUUUUGGAGCAUUUGAGAGGGUUGGGUUGUGGGGCGGUGUUGGUCAGUGGGAAUGAGCUGAGGUUGGCUCUUCGUGCUGGGUUCGAUCCCACCAGAUGCAUUUUCAAUGGAAAUGGGAAACUCUUGGAAGAUUUGGUUCUAGCAGCACAAGAAGGUGUCUUCGUCAACGUUGACAGUGAAUUUGACUUGGAGAACAUAGUUAUGGCUGCAAGGAUAGCAGGCAAGAAGGUUAAUGUCCUACUUCGUAUUAAUCCAGAUGUGGAUCCCCAGGUCCAUCCAUAUGUUGCCACGGGAAACAAGAACUCUAAAUUUGGUAUUAGGAAUGAGAAGCUGCAAUGGUUUCUUGAUGCUGUAAAAUCACAUCCAAAGGAGCUGAAGCUUGUGGGAGCUCAUUGCCAUCUUGGUUCCACAAUUACAAAGGUUGACAUAUUCAGAGAUGCUGCAGUGCUCAUGGUAAACUAUAUUGACCUAAUUCGUGAGCAAGGAUUUGAAGUUAAUUACUUGAAUAUUGGAGGUGGCCUUGGGAUUGAUUAUCACCACACUGGCGCUGUCCUUCCUACGCCUAGAGAUCUCAUUGACACUGUCCGUGGGCUGGUGCUUUCACGGAAUCUUAAGCUCAUUAUUGAACCAGGACGAUCACUAAUUGCAAAUACUUGCUGUUUGGUUAAUCGCGUAACUGGUGUUAAAACUAAUGGAACAAAGAAUUUCAUUGUUAUUGAUGGUAGCAUGGCAGAACUUAUCCGUCCGAGUCUUUAUGGUGCAUAUCAGCACAUAGAGUUGAUCUCUCCUUCCCCACCUGAUGCUGAGAUUUCAACCUUUGAUGUGGUCGGUCCUGUGUGCGAGUCUGCAGAUUUCUUGGGAAAGGACAGAGAACUUCCAACACCAACUAAGGGAGCGGGCCUCGUUGUCCAUGAUGCAGGUGCAUACUGCAUGAGCAUGGCCUCGACUUACAAUCUCAAGAUGCGGCCCCCUGAGUAUUGGGUUGAAGAAGAUGGGUCAAUCCACAAAAUUCGUCACGGCGAGACUUUCGAAGACCAUUUGCGGUUCUUUGAGGGCCUCUGAGCAAGAACAUGCAUGCAAGUGGAAGUCCCACGGCCUCUAAAUCCGCAAUGCAUGGAGGAUCGACAUUUUUGAAACAGCGAUCAUGCUUUCAGUUCGGGUAUUAUUUUUGGAAUCGGUUGGCUAUUUGUUAUAUGUAAUGGUCUCAUAAAACGGGGCAUAGUGUGAGGGCAGGAACGGACAGUGGGAUCUAACCUCCAAUUUUGUGUCCAUCCAUAGACUAUAGACGGUAAUGCUGUAUUUUUUUUUUUUAUGUUCUCGAGACUCCUCCUAGGAAUGUAGUGCAGUUUGAAUUCAGAUAAUGGCAAAGAAAUGAAGGUUUGUAG